AUGGCCCCGGAUCCCGAGACGACGGAGGCCAUGACGCCGCAGUCAACGGCGCCAAGCUCCGCAUCGGCGCAGAAGCGCGCCGCCGCCCCUGCAUCCACAUCUGGUUCUGUAUCUGGCGAGGCCCAGCGGUCCAAACGAGCCAAGUACACCCCUGUAGCCUGCAAUGAGUGCAAGAAGCGCAAGCUCAAGUGCAUCAGAGAAGACCAUCGUACGGCGUGUCAGCGAUGUCUUUCCAACGGAGCCGAGUGCGUCUUCGUCCCCGGGCCGCAGCAGACGCCGCUGAGAGAGCGCGAGCUUACCCACGAGAGGGAUGAGCAUGUCAACCCGACUCAGUACAGGAACCUGAGCGCUGAGGUAGCCAUCCUCCGCGAACAGGUUACCGCCUUGACGUCGUCACUUCGGGAACUCACCGGCAAGAUGGCGCACAUCAACACGCGGUCGCCGGCCACGCUCGGCGGUCCACAGCACCCGAAUCCUCAGUACACAAGCGAGACGAACCGGCGGCCCAGCGAGCCAAGAGAACCCCAGUUCGUCGGUCCCACGAGGUCCGCCUACAGCCUCCGCAUCGCCGAGUCGUCUCUCUCACGGGUGCCCGUUCAGACGCGCGACGCCUCGCCCACGAGUCGGUCCGCCUCUCCCGCGGGCUCGGCAAGGGCGCCGUCCGAGGCCCCGGACCGCCGUGCGGCAUCGGCGCCGACGGAUCUCGACAAAGACGCCCUCCUGACGUUCGAGUUCGACGAGGUCCUCCGGCUGAUCGACGUCUACCAGGAGGAGAUCGAGUCCGUCUACCCUUUCACCAACAUGAGGGAGAUCUCGGCCAACCUGGAGCAUAUUCUCGACUACGCGAGACACCUGCAGAACCCGUCUGCCUACCCGGUGUCCCCGGGCGAUCACCGACCCAAGGCUGAGCUCAAGGAAGUCCAGAUUGUCAAGGUCGCCAUCGCCACGUCCAUUGUGAUGGAGGCCCAGGGGCAGAACGCCAUCAGCACGAAGCUGAUCGACGCGGUGGAGCCCGUCGUCUGCCGUGUCUCCGGGGAGGCGUCCAUCGAUCUGAGGGAGCUGCAGAUCAUCACCAUGCUGAGCAUCUACUGGUUCCACUGUGGCGAGGAGCUGCUGGCCUGGAGAUCGAUCGGCAUCUCGGGGAGGGAGGUGCUGGAGAUCGGGCUGCACCGCCGUGCGAUCCUCAUGGAGAACUUCAAGGACCCCAAGGACCGGGACCUGGCCCUGCGGUGUUUCUGGUGUGUCUACGUGCUGGAUCGUCGGUGGAGCUUCGGGACGAGCUUGUCGUUUGGGCUCAUCGACAGAGACAUCGACCCCGAGCUUCCCGAACCGGGCGAUGAGUACCCCUAUCUCCGGUGCAUGGUCGCGUAUGGCAGGCUGUGCUCCAAAGUAUGGGAGGCCCUCCCGCCGUUCGAGUCGCCGUCCCAGUUCAUCCCCCGGGACACGGUCGCGUUCCUGGACUUCAUGACGCUGAACUGGCUCAGCUCGAUUCCGGAGGACCUGCAGCUCCGGCACCCUCGCCUGGGCCUCGCGCCGCGGGUCCAGCCGCGCAGCGUGCACCGGCUGCGGACGCUGCUCUACCUGCGCGGGAACCACAUGCGGACGCUCAUCCACCGGCACCACGUGCUCAGCACGGCGAGCAUCAAGGCGGACAUGCAGGCCGCGCGGCUUGUGACAGACAUCGCGCUGGACACGAUCCAGGUGCUUGUGCACUUGAGCGAGACGAGCGACAUCUACGCGCGGCAGCAGAACGCAUUCAACUACUUCCUCAUGAGCGCGCUGGCCGUGAUCCUGCUGGCCGUGUGCCACGCGCCGGGCGUCUUCGCGGAGCCGUGCAAGGAGACGUUCCUGCGGGCCGCGCGGCUGGUCAAGGGCUUCUCGCGCCACGGCCACGCGAGCCGGCGGCUGUGGAGGACGAUCAGGGGUCUCAUGCCCGGCAUCAAGUCGCUGGGCCUGCGGGGCGGCGAUCCGGACAGAGGGGAAAACGGUUCUCGGGGGACGGAGAACGGCGUCGGCGUCGGCGUCGGCGGCAGCGGCGAGGGCGGCGGUGGCAGCAUGAACUCGACGACCGAGGCACAGGCGAACGGGCCGGAUCACCACAACGCCGGCGUCAACGAGCGAGAGGGGAGGAGGGUGGAAGGCCUGUGGGACGCCUGGGAUACGGGCCCCCCGACGGACGGGUCCAUACCGGACAUGUACAACAUGGGGAAUGACCUUUUGAACCUCUUUGACGCGUUCGGGCACGCCAACGCGGGUCACCCGGCGCCGUCGGACUUCCCCGUGGGGUUCUUUGCAGGGGGCAACGAGCAGGUCAUGUCACUUGGGGAUCCGGAGGAGAUUUCCCGGCGGUUUCAGGGGCUGAUAUAA